UCAUUGAAUUAUAAAAAUACAAGAGUAAAAGCUGUCUUGUGAAGGGCUCAACAAAUAUUUCUAUAUUUUUGGUCUUAAUGUGGUUUCUGCUAUCAUUUUUUCGGAAAUGAACAUAACUGCCUCAGAAAUAUAAUAGGUACCCAGGUACCGGUAUCCAGAAAUGGAAAUCGAUCUGAAAGUUGUUUUCCAAGACCUUAAUUUUCAUUUGAAAGAUGACCAAAAAGGCCCUCUGGAAUGCAUUCGUUUGUUGGAUUUAUUGAAUAGAAAUCUAACAGAAGAACAAGUGGACUCCUCACUUAUAGACGUUUAUUUGAUAUACAUCUUCCACACAUCGGAUGGUCUCUUACAAUUCAUCGAGACCUCAGUGAAAAACAAACCGUUCAAGAAAGCCUCUGCGAAGGCCGUCGAAAUAUUGUUCACCACUAUCAACAAUUUUCCCGCCAAAGUACCAGAACGGGACAUCCUCUCCAUUUACACUUUGAGCAUCAAAAUCGUCAACUCCGAUACCGACAGUUCUGUGAAGUUGAAACUAUUCGAAUUGCUACAAUUGUGCGUAGAGAAAUAUGACGGAUGUACCGAGGACAGACAUGCCAAGAGUGUCUAUGAGGCCUUGCUCAAGGCGAUAUUGCACGCUCUCAUGCAGAAACAUACAGAUACAGUUAAAGGUAAAGAGAUGGCUUUUCUUGGAUGGUAUGCAAAGAAAUAUCCUUAUUACGUGACUGACCCCAAAAAAAUCAAGCAAAUUCUAUGGAUGAAUUUUGAGAAGCAGAUAGCUCAACCUAAGAAAAUAUCCCAGUAUAUUCUUGGAGGCUUUUUCGAUGGAUUCAGGUAUUUUCUAGAGAGUUUUCCAUUGGAUGUGGAAAGCAAUGAUGGCAAGAAAAUUUCGGCGACGUUGUACAAGGCCUUGAAAACCCUAGUUGUGACAAAGGAGAGAUUGAAGCUGGGAAACAGAGCUGCCUUGUUAUUUCUCGCCAACAACAUCGAUUUAUUCAAAGAGAAACUACUAGAAGAGUAUGAAUUCUGGCACAAUAAACUACUAGUAUGGUUGACGUUCGGAGUGGAAGAUAAAAAAGUUGGUGUGACGGUCCUGAAAGCUUUUUUUCAGGCGGUCGCUCAAGUACUCGAUGAAAAAGAGGGAGAUGCUUUCGGGGUAGUUGUAAAGCAUUUCAACAACUACUGUACGAACGUAUUAGAAACAAAGGAAACGUCGAACUCCGAGAGGCACCUUGCCAUAUUCUGCCUCAGGCAGUUCUCUUCGCCCUCUCACAAGCAUCUAACUCCCGAUGACGUCACAGCCCUGUUCCUCGCCAUAAUGCGAAACUUCGAGGAAACCUACAUCCUCAACUACGACUCAGAAAGCGAAGAAUCCGAGUACCUACCCGACUACGUUCAGACGGUGGCGAACUUCAUGAAGUUUAAGAAGUUCAGCACGAGCGAAUUGUUUUGUCUGCAACGGGCCGUCAUCAAUAUGGUGAAGAGUUUUCAUCGGUUGCCGAUACUGCAUGUCGGGUUGGUGGUAGACUCGUUCGUUAUGACGCUGUUUUACAUGAAGGAGAGCCGGCAUUUCGAUGUUUUCUUGGAGAAUGUCGUUUAUCAAGGAGUCGUCUGGACAUGUUCCCAUCAACACACAACAAACGAGGCGUACGCCGAAGAAACCAACCAAAACAUAGUAACAGUCCGAAACUAUUUCCCCCUGUGGAACGGCAUCCUGAAAGUGUCCUCGAACACCAAACUCCAUCUGGAGGACCGCAAAUACCUGCUCGAAAGAAUCGUCAAGGAGCUGGUCAAGACCGUGCUGGUUUUAAUCAAUAAACUUAACGUUUCCGUGAGGUUGAAGGAGGAGAACGAUGUCGUGACAGACUUGGAGCAAGCUUAUAGAGUCGACCAGUCCGAUGAUUACGCUAUUUUUCUGAACGUCGUCGAUUUUUACAGGGAAAUGUUCGACAACAUCGAACCCAAGGUGUUCAGGAAUUGCAUCUGCAGACUGAUCGGUCAUUUCGUCGAUAAAUGUCUCAAAUAUCCGCUGGUCAGCGGUUUCUACAAGCUCUUAUCCUACGCCUUGAGGAUCGCGAAAAAGUCGGAACUGUUUUCCACCGACACAGUCGACGUGCGCAACUGCCAGGAGACACUUCACGCCUUCCUCGCCAUUCUGCUCAACAAGAUGGCCGACUUCAAGGACGAGCUGUCGAUCUCCUGCCUGCAAGUCCUGCUGAACACGCCCAUCGUCAUCGUCGAGGGCAUGUUAGAGCUGUGCGUCGUCCCGUUCGUUAAUAUUUUCGAGAUGGGCAGGAGUUAUUUGCCUCUGGCGCGAAUGGGACUGGAUACUUUAGAGCUGUGGCAGGAGCAUAUGGAUCCUGCUGUCCUGGAUCCGGUUUUGAUGAGGAUCAUACCAAGCCUCGACAGCUUCUUGAGGAGCAAGUCUCUGAGGGGUUUCGCACAGUCUACCGUAGAGACGCGCAAGACUCGCAGGGCGAUGAAGAAGCGCAAAGUGCUGGUGGAGCUGGAGCCAGAGCUGGUGCGGCUGCAGAGACGGAUCCUGUGUUUCGUGGGCAAGCAGAACUUGAGGAAUUUGCGGGCCUACAUCUUCUCUGAGCGAGCUGGCGCUAGGAACUUGAUCUGCGGACAAGAAUCGCAUCUGAAGGUUACGCUGCCUUACGAGGAUGUGCAAGUGGACAUUUAUUUGGACACUUUUGUGCCAAGGAUCAUCGAUUUGGCGCUGCACUGCAGCGAUAGGAAAACUAGGAUCACUGCUUGUGAACUGCUUCAAGCUGCUGUGAUGGUUCUUCUGGGAAAAGCGAGACCGAUGAACCAAAGCGGCCUGCUGGAACUGAACAACAUGCUGAAAACGAUUGCCAUGCCUCUGCUUCUGCUGAGCAGCGAUGUGGAUCAGGUGGUGCAACAGAUUUUCGCGCCUCUCUUUCUGCAACUCGUCCAUUGGUACACGUCACCGACCCAACAGAGGGGGGCACACAGCGCCAUCUUGAUAGACGCAAUGAUGGAUGGUAUCACACACCCCACCAACUCGAGUCUCAGAGAUUUCUCCGGAAAAUGCGUCAAAGAAUUCGUCACUUGGACUAUAAAGCAAUCGGACGAGCAAACUCUCGCCAGGGACCCAGUGAACAUCAAAAUCCUUUUGAAAAACAUGAGAUUCUUCAGCACUCAUCCCGACGGCGCCAAAAAGCUAGGCGCCGCUUUGAUUUUCAACAAUAUCUACAGGGAAAUCAGAGAAGAGGAAGCCAUGAUCAGCAUCUUUUGGCUGGAGAUUUUGCACAUAUUCGUGCAAAGCUUGAACGCUGUCUCCGCGCUAGAAGAAAGCAACACAGUAGUUCAAAUCAGGCGUUCGUUGAAAAACGUUCAAAGAGUGUUCGUGGAAAAACCGUCAAUUUUCAGGAAAGCCGAUGCCAAACGUAGAGUGCCCAACGAAUUGAACGAAGGCCUACUCAAAGACGUAGCUGUUUGGCUGCUGAAACAAACAGCUAGUAGAAGUAGGCAUUGCCGGGAAGCUAGCAUGGAACUUUUCAUCAACAUUGCACCUUUGGCAUGCGAGAGGAAAACAAAGCUACAAACUUUCGUGCAAGAAAACCUCGGCAGCUCUCUCACGGAGCUCUACAGCAACUCUUUGUUGGAAUUCGACAAGCUCAAAGAGAGACACUGCGAAAACAUUGACACCCUACUCAAGUGGAUGCGCUGCCUUCUUUGUGUCAUUGACGGAUACAACUUUGUCGCGAAAAAUAAUCUAGGAGAUAUCGCUUUCGAAAACAGUGCCCUCUUCAGGCAAAUACAGUUUUUCUUGGAGCAUUUGCAGACAGUAGAAAUAGCCGAGGCUUUGAACAUGAUCGCGAGGAAAACUUGGACUUUCACUACGAUCGACAAGGAUCAUUUCGGAUUGUUGAAAACCUCAUGCGUGCUUUCGAUUUUCAAUUUUUUUAACACUGUACUUAGCAAUGGAGUACUUUUGGAAAAAUCGGCCAGCAUAUGGACGAAAGGGUUCUGGUUAUUGCUUUCCAAUGCGGUUUUCAAACCACGUGCUUUCGGGCUGAAUGAUGUACUGCAUCCAGGCUACGAGGAACAGUUAGUAGUACUGAUCAAUAAUGUUUCCAGGAAACUAUCUCCAACAAAUUUGACGGAGCUGAAUCGAAUUUUGAUAUCGGUUAUUGUUAGCCAUGCAGAAACCGACAUCGAUUUGAGAAAAAAUGUUGGUUUGAGCCAGAGGAGCGUUUUGAGAGGGAUGAUUUUCCUGCGCGGCACUCAUUUGAACAAAUUCCUGCAAAUCGAGAACUACUCUAGUGGACUCAUCCAAAAGUUGCUAUCAAGUUUUCAUCGGAAAGCCGAUGGAAAUGUUAUAUUUGUCAGUGAUCUGCAAGAUACUACGUUUUCCUAUAUAAAUUCCUUGUUGGAGUUUGCUCUCAGCAAUGAGAGUGAAUUUGGAUUAUUGAUGGAACAGUUACACAGUGAGUUUAUUGUUCAGAGCAUGGAGUACACGAAAGAGAAGAGUUUCGGCGUUUAUUUCCUGGACACUUUUGGGGAGACGGUGUUUCCAGUUAUAUUGGAACAUUUUGACAGAUUUUUGACUGUAUCACUGGCCAAAGACAACUUAAAAACUACCAUAGAGUAUGUUGUUUUGGUUCUAAACCACUGGGUGAAACAGAAACCUGUGAGGGUCCAAGGAAGAGAUAUAGCUAGUAUCCUAGAUCAACACUGGAAAAGGUUUGAGGCCUAUUUUGAGACAGACAGAGAUACCAUGAAUACAGGUUUGGAGUACCUAAAAUUGUUGGUUCAAGUGGACGAUUUACAUUCCGUUCAAGUUCAAGAGUGGUUAGUUCAGUGUUUACUGAAAAGCGAUGGAAGCAACGAUCUCGAAAUUUUUCAUUUAUUAGUAUUGAUUGCCACACAGGAAAAUGAUAACAGCCUGAACUUCAAGCCAGUACUACAAACCCUAACUGAGAGGAUAACACUCGAAGACCCUGCUAAAAUAAACAAAAUGCUAUCGUACUUGCCACUAGUCAGAUCAACAACGAUUUUCCAAUUCAUAGUAAACGUUUACCUAAAAACAUCACCAACUACUGACAUAUCAUCCCUCCUCACCAAGUUCAUCGCCAACAGAGACAGACAUUUCCAAAAGAGUGUAAUGGAAAUUGUCUAUGAACGGAGCUGUGACGCUGAAACUGCGUUCGAUAGUCGCUACAAGAUGGCGACCAAAUUCAUUCCACCGCUAUUCCACGGUUGCGACAUCAACAUCUUCGAGAACUUCUUCGUUAGACACAUCAGGGAAAUUCUUGAAGUACUCAGAGAACCCGAUUCAGAGACAAGCAUUCCCUACUUCGUGCUAACAGAGAUUUUGUUUCUGCGUGUCCUGAUUGGCUCUAAAGAAAGAGAAACGUGUGCUAUCACUAAAGCAGCAGGGGUCCCUAAGCUGCUUCGAGAGCUUCUAGCACCAGCUUUGAAAGUUUUCGAAAUGCCGGUUGGCGAAUCUUCGCUCUCACGGAAACACAAAUGCCACGCAUACAACGCUCUGGCAUCCAUGGUGAGCAACUCCUUGAAGCUCAACGACUUCUACAACAAGCUGUUCUCGCGCGAGGUUAACAAUCAAGAUGUUCUGUGGCACGGGAUAGUCGACACAUCCGCGACAUACGAGUUUCCAGUGGAUUUCGAUACGAUCCCGAUGCAGCGCAAAGUUCUGGUGAACAUCAGAGAUGAGUUGAAGCGGAGCAGGAGAGCUGACGGCUUGUCAAAGUCAAAGUCGCUCAAGUAUAUCGAGUCGCAGCGACUGUUCGCCAGUUCGCUGAGCGAAGACGUCACCAACUUCGAUUUCACCAACAGCGUCUUGCGGGAGAACGCGGAAGGUAAGAUGCAGAAGGGGGAUGAAGGUGUGGAAAGAACUGUUUUGCAGCUAGACGGUACUGAAAUAAACGAGCAUGAAUGCAUGGGCACGGUUUGUGGGAUGAUUCAGCAUAUCUUCGAUACAGGGAUAAACGAUUUGCCCAGGGCGGACGAGGAGGAUAUCGAGUUGCCCAAAUGGAUGGAUGGUAUCCGAACAACGCUCCUGAAUGAAAAGACGCACAACAAUGUCAAAAUCUUCUUGGUUAAAGUUAUCGACAACAUGAUGCACAUCUUUACCCCUUAUUCGAAAUGGUUUCUGGAACCUUUGAUGCUAUUCGUCACGAAUAAGUGCGCCGGAGAAGGCAUCAACUAUUUCGUAACAGAUGUGAUUGUCAUUUUGUCGAAAUGGGCUUCCACUUUGACCAUCCUGUCCGAAAAAGAAGCAGAAACAGCAUCAGACCUACUGAAGUUUUUGAUCGAAAACCUGAAGAGAGAACGCAUCGACAUAUUCAAAUACAAUCUCGAUAUAACAAAAAUGAUAGUGGAAGCCUGGAAAAAUCAUCUAGCAGUCCCCACUUCCACCAUAUUGGGAGUAUUAAGCUCGGACGACACGUCUGAAAUAGGAGUAAAUGUCACCUCCAUCCUCCUGGUGAACGGUUUGAAUUGCUGGGAGGAAGGCAGAGAAAUGGCGUUUCUCGAGUUGCUAUUGAGUAAGAUGAAGUCCGCUAAGAAGGAGGUCUUCAGGCCUGCCGCAGAGACGGUGGGUCUCAUGCUGCACAUCUUGAAUGGUGAUCAGUUUACUUUGACGGUUGACGUCGGGUUGAAGAGGGUGAAUCAGGAAUACGAGAAAUAUGUGCUGUGCCUGGAAGGUGUUUCCAGACAUUUUCCCCAAAUCGUCAACUCCUACCACGUGUCGCGACUGAUAAGUCCUUUAAACCAAGUCCCCGAUGCCCAAAAGGUCGUCCACCUACGGAUAAUCUGCAAACGAGUCGAACUGUCCUUGGACAUCCUCGAGGAAAUCAACGACUUCAAGAUAGUGGACUGGGACCGACUUCUGGAAAGCGCCAGCCUGGAAAUCCAAAUAGUCGCCUUGGAGAUAAUCAAAAAAUGCAUAACGGUCUUCGUCACCUAUGAAAACUUCAGAGACAUCGGCAAAACUUUGAGUAGGAACGUCGCGAAUGCGAACGCCCUGUAUAGGAGUUGCUUGUACGACGUGUGUAUUGAGGUUUAUAACCUCAAGAGAGACGAUUCUGGGGCCUACAGGGAGAUGUUGAUACUCGGGCUCAUGGACACUGAUGCUGAUAAUAACGAGAAGAUCAUGAAUUUCUGGUCGGAGAAUACGAGUAUACCUAGCACCGUGGUACUGAGGUUUCCAUUUUUGCUGUCGGAAAUGUACAAAACGAAAAUCGAAGGCCAAUUCCUCGGCUUCGUCACCUUCUUCCUCAUGGCUCUGGCCACUCGCAGCGAGCACUACGACUCCGAACUCUUCCAACACCCCCUAGAAGACUGCGACUUCGAGGAGUAUCAGCUGCAGACCGACUGGCGGCUGCAGCACCCCUCGGUGGUUCCCAUGUUCGCGGAGACGCUGAGGACGUUCGACGGCAGCGCACCCGCUGAGGAAUCUUCCGGGUUCCGGUUGAGGCAGACGCAGGACACGCUGGAAUUCGCGCAGACGCAGAGUUUGCACGAGCAGCAGCUGUCGAAGUUCACGGGGUUGAGUAGCUCGUUGGCGGUCAGCUUCGAUGAUGGCAUCAAGAACCCGAAUACUAUGAUCCUGUCUCAGAAGUAUCGAAUACCGAGACGCAGAUUUCUGAAAGACAAGGCCAAAAUUUCCAUCAGUUCCGCACACCACGAGGUCAAGAAGCAGGUCAAAAAGGUCCAGCAAAGGAUAGAUUCGGCUAUAGAGAAGGAGAAGAAGGUGACGAUUUACAGGAGCUACAGGAAAGGAGAUUUUCCCGACAUUCAGAUAACACUUUCUUCGGUGCUGAAACCGCUACAGAUAUUAGCAUUGCACGACAACGAAAUAUCGAAAACACUAUUCACAGAAAUCUUCAAAGGCCUCGUCGACAAGGCAGGCGACAACCGGCUGUUUCUCGACACGAUCACCAAGGCCAUCAGGAGCAUCUUCACCUCGUCCACCCAGUACCACCCGAACCUGAUCGGCGCCCUCUUCGACAUCCUGCUGAGACACAAAGACAGGAUCCAGUUCGACGCGCAGACUGUCGCUUUCGUGGCGCAGGAGAGUGGCUUGGUGUCCGUCGGGACGCUGCUGCUCGAGGAAUACGUCUGUGCUUGUGACAGUUUGCCGAGUAGUAGCAAAAUGGGGGUGGGACAGCAGGAUAAGGAGGCGGUGUAUUGGGUGAAAAUUGCAGAACUGUAUAGAGAGCUUGAAGAAUGGGACAUGGUCCGUACAAUAUUUGUGGAGAAAAUGAACUGCAAGGAGGACGUACAACGAGCCAUAAAAUUCGAAUCUGAAUCGAAAUUCAGAGAUGCACAAUACCUGUACAAGCGACUUAUCGAGACUGAUCUUUCACAGGAGAGAAAAGAUUUCUACUAUGACUCGUACUUUAGGUGUUUCGCGAGUUUGGGCGAAUGGGAGGAACUCCCCAAAGUCAUCAACUCGGUCGUCGAGGGCGAAAACCCUUGGCACCAAUUGUGGGACAACGGUUGGCAGCAACAGAAACUCCUACCCUGGUACAUAAAAUCGCAAGUGAGAAACACCCUCUUUACCCAAGAAUGGAAUCCCGACUUCCUCAAGGACAUCAAUGACUGCCUCUCCGAUCCAGAUAAGAAUGAAUAUCUCCGCGGCCAUUUCUCGGAAGAAAUUUGUGCCAUGUGGUUGUGUCAGAAAGACGUGGUCACCGCCAAUGUUUACUUGAAGAGCUGUAUGAGGAGCUUCCUGGACGAAUGGCAGCUGCUCAAUCCCAUGUUUCAGUCUCUGCGCUUCCACAAGCUGCUGCAGCUGCAAAACGUGAUAGAAACCGAGGAUUUCCUCAACAUCUACGAUAACCUCUUGGAUGACCCGGAGGUUUCUUUGAGGAAGUACGCCCAGAGGCUGCAAAAGUCUUCAACCGACGUUCUGCCUACGGUGAUGCUCAAUGAAACCCGCUUGCUGUAUCGCACCCAGUUCAUCAACCUUCUACUGGAGAAAAUUUCCGGAAUAGAAGGUGUUGAUUUCCGGGAUGUUGCCAAGGAGUUGCAACUCACAAAGAUCCGGAUGGACAUAGAUCUAAUAAACUCCGCUGUCGGGUUCGGUAACUACUACAUGGCGAGGAAGUACUUCAAGAAGUACCUGGGGAAGGUGAAUGCGAAGCUGCAGGUCGCCUACGGGAAUAUUGCUUGUCUCAAGGCGAGGAUAUCCGAGUCGGCGCAAGUGGAGGUGAAGUGGAGCUUGGAGGGAAUCGCCUUGCUCGAAUCUGUUGCCGCGUCAAGUCAAGACCAAAUGAUCCUCCUGUCUUGCAGUAUGAAACUCUUCGACGUGUUCAGCAAUCUCUCUUCAACCUUGUCAUCAAAUCCCGAAAUAUUCGAACAGUGUAAACCUAAUUUGGAAGAUAAAUUAGGUCGGGUGAUUUCGACUACGAGCGACAUCCAAACGUACGCUUGGAAACAACUAAAAGCCACCAUCGAUAAAUCUCAAGAUGACAGCAUGGAAUGUGACAACUACGAAGACAGGUCGAAAUUCAAAGAGAUUUCUGAGGCCUACGUGAAAUUGGCGCAUUUUUUGAGGGAUCGUGCAGAAGACGAUGACGAGGUGCAAGGCGAUAUGAUACUUUUCGUAUUGCGAGCGAUGAAGAUGAACAAUUCGGAGGCGAGACAGCUGUUUCCUUGCGUUUUGAAACAAAGUGAAAUAGGUGGCAAAUACAAAGAUAUGUUCGUGGAAGAAACGGACAAAAUUCCUACUUGGAUGUUUCUGGGAUGGAUACCGCAACUGUUGUCGAGUGUAGACUCUUCUAAAAUAUCAGCAGUUUCCAAAAUGAUUAUGAGAAUUGCUGAAACUUAUCCGCAAUCUAUUAUGUAUCCAUAUAGGCUCAGCAGAAUGAACUACGACUUCAGUAAUGCAAGUGUCAAGCUCUUAACAAACAGAUUGGAUGAUCUUCUCCUGAAGGAUGAAAUGAUCAACAAGUUUCUGCAAGCGCUAUCUUUCGUUAGUGUACCAGUUGUUAGUUUGAGAUAUUAUAUCUCCAAGAUGAUGAUGACCGAUAACCUUGCCGCUGCCAAAACCGUACAGGAAUCUGUGAAAAAGGAUUUCUUCAGUCAAAAACACGGUUCGAACACCGAAAGUAUGCAUGGCAAUAUGUACAAACAGAUCGAACCGUUCAAUAGAGAAUUUUCGAAAACUUUGGGUACUUCUCUUGCCAAAAUGAAAGAAAACUUGAAACAUUUUGAUGGACAGUUGAGCGCCAUCCUAUCGAACAAGAAAACGAAAUAUUCGCAGCUGCUGAAAGAAUACUGCCCGUGGCUGGCUAAUUUUUCAGCUGACAAACAGAACAUGGAACUGGAGAUUCCGGGACAGUAUGACGGCAGAAAGAUGCCCCUAACCCAACAUCAUGUGAAAAUAUCGGGAUUUUGUCCAACUGUUAGCGUGAUGAAAUCACUGCGGAAACCCAUAAAAGUAACAAUGUUGGGUGCGGAUACCAAAGAAUACCCUUUCCUAGUGAAAUUCGGUGAGGACAUAAGACAAGACCAAAGGAUAGAGCAGCUCUUCGGUCUCAUGAACGACAUUUUCAGAAGCGAUGCGACAUGUUCCAAUAACGGGUUGGAUAUUUUAACUUAUCAGGUUAUCCCGUUGACCUCAAGUUUGGGAAUCAUACAAUGGAUCAAUGAUACUGAACCGUUGAGCGAGUUCAUGAAAAAGUCGUUAAAAAGUGAAAAGGCUAAGGAGAAUUUCGGAAGUAACACACUGGGAGAUAAAUAUUCUCGAUGGUUAUGCAAUGGAAAAGACUUCAUACAAAUAUACGGGAAGAGUGCAGUCAAGUACAAUAGGAACAAAGUUGUACCUUUUUAUAAUAGCCUGGUCAACGAAAUACCUUUAGAUAUCUUGAAGACAUCUUUCCGUAUGCUGAGCAUCGACACCGAGAACUACAUAGCGAUGCGCGCCAACUUUAUCAAGACUCACGCGACGAUGUGCGUCGGCCAAUGGCUGUUGGGCAUCGGUGACCGGCAUUUGAACAACUCGCUGGUGUGUCUCGGUAGCGGCAAGUUGCUCGGCAUCGAUUUCGGGCACGCUUUCGGCACCGCCACACAGAUUCUGCCUGUGCCCGAGCUGCUGCCUUUCAGACUGACUCCGCAUUUGCUGAACCUGAUGGAACCUCUGAAGGAGCGCGGCCACCUCAGGCACUGCAUGAUCGCCUCGUUGCGCGCGCUUCGCUCCCGCUCCGCCCCUCUGCUCGCCACAAUGCGCGUGUUUGUCGAGGAGCCGUCGCUGGAUUGGCUGGAGCACGCACGGCGGUUCGAAGGGGGCGGGGCGGACGAAGUGGAGGGGCGGCGGUGGUAUCCCGAGAGCAAGGUGGGGCAGUGCAGAAGGAAGCUGGCCGGGGUCGGGAGCGCAGCGAUUCUCGUCGAGGAUCUCGUAGCAGGUACCAGGGUGCCGGAGUACACGGAGGCCUUUGUAAAGCUGGUGUUGGGCGAGAGAGAGCACGACUUGCGGGCGAGAACUGCGGACGAUAACGACUUUUUGUCGGUCGAAGAGCAAGUCGACUGCCUAAUCGAUCACGCGACCGAUCCCAAUUUGCUGGGCCGUAUGUACGCCGGGUGGAUGCCGUGGAUUUGAGAAUAUGUCAUGUGUCAUGUGAUAAAUGGGUUGCGAGCAAGAUCUGUUAGAUGACCGACCCUGGAGCUAAAACAUUGAAAUAUAACCUCACUUUUCUUAUUUGUCUAUUAAAGGUUUAUGCACUAGCGGGCGGUGAAGUGCACUUUAUCGCCCAGAUUUGCGAGCGUAAAGUGAUGCUUUACCGCCCGCGUGCCCAUUAUCGCCCACGGGCAAUAAAGUGCACUUUACCGCCCGCUGUUGUCAUGUCCCCCAAGUAUAUCCACACAUCCAUUCGUGGAAUACCUAUAUUUGAACUCUCAGCUGAUUCUAUCGUUAUGAUUAUGAUUAUGACAUGUUAUUGUUCAUCUGAUUCCGUUUUCUCUAUAACUUCCUUCUUUGAAUAGUUGCUUUCUGGCUGUCUGACGUUUUUAGCCAGGAGAUGACAAUUUCAGCUUGUUUUUUGAAUGUAUUGCUAGACAGCAACCAACAGAUUGAUUGAUAACGUCAAAUUCAGGUAGCUAUAUAUUGGGUAUACAUAUUGUUACAUCUCAAGGAAUUAAUUUCUGUUAGUGUACAGGGUGACCAACUAAGACUCAAGAGUUCGAUUUCUCUGUUGUCUUGAGAGAUACAAAAAAAAGUCAUGCAUAGAAAUUGAAGUAAUAACUGAGCUGCAGAUUUCACAAUUAUUUUGGAAUAUACAGGGUGUUCCAUGAGGUAACAGCAUAUCAAAUUUAUGUUUGUUUCAUAUGAACACCUUAUAUAUUAUUUCAUUCUUGGAUUCUUCCUGAAGAGCUGAUGUCAACAUCUCAUCAUAUACUUGGGGUCUAGUAGUAAUAUUUACUGAGAUAAAGGGUGUGAAAAUCAAGAUUUUGCAAGUUCAGGAUUUUGUUCUGUCGAAAUUGUUCAUUAUUCGUCAAAACGGUGUACAUUUCCCUAUCUCAACUUUUCACUCACUAUCAAUUGGUGUUCAAUUGAAAUUGAUACAAUGUGGUCAACAAAUCUAAAUUCAUAAUUUGUUUUAAUUAAAUGUCAAUUGACCGUUUUGACGAAUAAUGAACAGUUUCGACAGAAAAAAAUCCUGAACAUGGAAAAUCUCGAUUUUGCACACCCUAUAUGUCAGUAGCUUUCACUGCUAGACCCUAAGUAUGAUGGGUCGUUGAAAUCAGAUCUUC